AUGGCAUCAUCAACCCUAAACUACCCCCUCCUCUCUAUCCCCGCCUACUACGUCUUCUCCAUCAUCCCCCAUAUAUACGCGAACUCGAUCCUCGGCGCGAAUGGAUACAAGGUCAACAAUGCAAACCCCAAAGCCUCGCUCUCGCCCGACGCAGUAAAGGGCAAAGUCCCCGACGCCAUAUUUCAGAAGUACCAGCGCGCCGAAAACGCACAGAACAACAACCUGGAGCAGCUGCCGCUGUAUGUUGCGGCGGUGCUGGCGAGCAUUAUUGCAGAGAGGGUUACGGCGAAGGGAUUGGGUAACGCGGUUGUCGACAAUGAUGUUACGGGGUUGACGACUUUCAUUGGGACAUUCAUGGCCAUCCGUACUGCUUACGUUGUCUCGUACAUCAACAUCGCGGACCACGGCAAGAGCUUCAUCCGAAGCACACUCUGGGCCAUCGGUGCUGGACUUAGUGGAUACCAGAUCUACAAGGCCGCUUCGCUGUUAGGUUAG